UUAUUUGCAAUGUAAAAUAUGCAUGUCAUGUGUUGUGUAUUGUGUACCUAAAUGGAGCAACACAUACUUUAAAAAGUGGACAGAUCCCACACAAAACUUGCUUGCCUCUGAAAAGAGAAGUAGGAGUAUUUGUGUAUCUGCGUGAUCAUUAGUUGGCAUAUCGUAAUGAGGACUAAUUUGAUCUUAGUACUGUUAUCAGCUCUGAGCUCCAGUGUGAACUCUUAUGUGUUUUACUUUAUUCCUAACAACAUGAUCUGGACCGAAGCUCAGACAUACUGCAGAAAGCAUCACACUGAUCUCGCCACCGUUAAUGACAAGACAGACCUUGAUGAGCUGUUAAAAACUCUUCCCAAGGGUUUUAAAAGUAACAUUUGGAUUGGACUCUAUCGGACGAAUGCGCAACCUCCAUGGGUCUUUUCUGAUGGGAGCCAUUCCCUUUUCAGACCGUGGCUUUCUGGACAACCAAACAAUUAUGAUGGUAUCCAGCACUGUGUGUACACAGAUCCUAAUGGGUACUGGAACGACUGGACGUGUACAGAUCAAUUUGCUUUUAUCUGCUACGUAGAGAAAACGAGACAGAUAGUGAGACUGGAGGUGAAAUCAAGUCAAAAUGUGAAUGAUCCUGCAGUGAAGAAAGAGAUAUUGGCUAAGGUAGAGCAGAUACUGAAGGAAAAUGGGCUGGGAGAAGAUGCUAAGAUCUCGUGGAUGAUGUUUUCUGGUGAAAUUGUCUUUCACAGGGUAUAAGAAGAAUGAUUUUUCCAAUUCACACUGCAGGAGAAACAUGAAGUGAUUCUCAUAAUAGCAUUUCCUGCCUAAUUAUCCUCACAUUUUCUGCAAAAUAAAUGUAAACUGGAAAGCAAGAUGACACCUGUACAUCAACAUCUGUCCUGCAGAGGGAGCUCAAAAGAAUUGAUGAAACAACUAUGUAAAAGAAAAAGUGAGUCAAUGUAAAAAUUAUUUUUCAAAGUG